AUGUCCGCAAACAGCGACCAGACGAAGGAAAGCGACGACAAUCAGGCGAUGGAAAUGACGUCUGAAGACAGUUACCAGUCAGAAUCCGAAGCCGAUUCCGAUUCCGAGUCGACGCCUCUUCAGUCGCUAUGGAACAGCCUACGGGCUUCCAUGAGCACCAGCAUGUUCGAAAGAACAGAGACCAAAUUGUUUCUCCCCAGAGACACCUUCGAGCAGAUAUUAUCACGUACCGAAGGAGGUCUGAGUGGCAGACGCAAGCUCAUACUUGAGGUUAUGGGUAUAGAAUCGAGCAGGCCUAGCGAAGACGACAGAGCACUCGCAGAAUACAUUCUGGACAGCGCACAGAAGGUUUUUCUCAUAGCCGUUUACAUACAAUUGGAGCAACUCCAUGCGGCUAUGAAACUUUUCAAGGUUUCUCAGUACAAAGAUGAAAAAUUGCCAGUCGAAGAACGUACAGCACGAGAACUGGAUGAUACACCAAGGCGCCAUGAAUUCGAGCGAAUGGAGAAUCGUCAAAGGGACCGUAGGAGAAAAGACAGGAAAAAGAAUCCAAAACGCAUAUGGGAUAUCCAUACAAUCAGCAAAUUCCAGGACAACCAGUGGACGUUUCUGAUACCAAUCAUCUCAGCUCAUGAUCAGAACUGCAAUUUUGACAGCCGCUGUCCAAUACCGUUCACUACGAAGAACGCACAGCAAAGAAGCGGCGCACAUGGCAUUGUAUACAAGUAUACUAUCCACCCUGCGCAUUACAAGAAUUCACUUCAUCAGUCCAAGAUUGACUUGGUUAUGCGGGCUAACGGCGGAUCGCAGUACGAGACCGAGCCUUCCGUGGUCGCUGUCAAGGCCUUUCGGACCGGCGGCAAGAACGUGGCUGGCGAUGUGAAAAGAGAAGUCGACGCGUUGGCCAAAAUGAACCAACUCGGACAAAAACAUAUUGUCCGGUUCAUCACGUCCUUUCAGCGCGGUACACAAGAGGAUCUGGAACACUAUGUUUUGUUCGAGUGGGCGGACGGCGGGAACCUCAGUGACUUUUGGCAUCAACCACAAACACCAAAGCGGACGGCCUCGUUAGUCAAGUGGGUAAUCGAGCAACUUUGUGGACUUUCAAGAGCGCUCAGAGCAGCCCAUUAUAUGCCAAACGGGGCAUGUUACCGCCACGGUGAUUUGAAACCUGGCAACAUCCUCUGGUUCCCUGACAGCGAUGGAUAUGGCACGCUCAAGAUCGGUGACUGGGGUGAGGCAAAGAUUCACAAUCAAGUUACUGCCUUGCGCCACGGUCGCGUGGACACAACUGCGAAGUACGGCACAAGAAGAUACGAACCACCAGAGACUGGCCUGCAUCCGCUUCUGCCGAAGGGGACUCCGCAUGUAAGGUCCCGCUUAUACGACCUCUGGGGUAUGGGCUGUAUCAUCCUCGAGUUUAUCAUCUGGCUGUUGUACGACCAUGAAGAGCUCAGUAGAUUCAACAACAGUAAUCAAGGAUACUUCGGUCCUUCUGACAUGUUUUACGAGAUUAGUCACGAGAUCAGUCACGAGAGAGUUCCCAUUGAUCAGCGUCACCACGCCAGAUUCUACAACUCAUGA